AUGUCGAAUAUAUCAUAUGUACCUUCAAAUGAAGAUUAUUUUCAAUUAAUUGAAACAAAUGAAAAUCGAAUAAAUUCAUCAUCAAGAACAAGUUUUGAAAUAUUUGAAAGACAAUAUGAUUUUAUUCAAUCAAAAAAUGAUAAUUAUCAACAUGAUAUUAAUUCAAUAUCAAAUAUUAAAGAGGAUAAUUCAACUAAAAAUGAAAAUCAUCAUUUGAAAAGUGAAAAUAUGGAAAAAAAUCUGAACGAUAAUAGUAAAGAGAACUGCGUAAAAGCAAGUGAAAACAUGUGUGAUGUAUCAUCAUCAAUGAUGCGAUCGAUUUCUUCUAUUUAUUGUCGAUUGCCGUUUGUAUCAUCUUAUCAAAUGGAUAAAAAAGAACGAGAAUCAUCACUUAAACAUUUAUCUUCAAGAAAAAGUCUAUCAAAUAAUUGUCAUCGUCGAUCAACAAUCACUUCUCUUCAUUUAUCAGAUUUAAAUUCUAAUAAUAAUAAUUUAUUUAAUAAAAUAAAUGAAAAUAUUCAAGAUAAAUAUAUUGAUAUAAGCAAAAGUCAUCAUUCAAUUAAUUUAAUUAAAGAAAAUUCAUUUAAUUCAAUUGAUAAAAUAAAUAAAAAUUUAUUUAAUUCAAAUUCUGAUAUUGAUGAAUAUUAUAAAAAAGGAAGAACAAAAAUAAAAUUAAGUUUACCAAUAAAACCAAUAAAAUCCUUAAUAAAUGAUAAAUUCAAUGAUAAUAAUUUAAAUCGAUAUAAAGAAAAAGAACAAAGAAUAAAAUCUAUUAGAUCAAAAUCAAUUCAAGGAGAAUUUACAUUACCAACAAAUCCUCCAAUAACAGUUACAAUUGAACCUCAAUCAAAUAUAAAUGAUAAUAUAUCAAAUGAUAAUUGUUUUCAUGAUGAUCAAAUAUGUUCACCUGAAAAUAUUCAUAAUCAGUAUCAAUAUCAACAAAGAUCAACAAAUGAUUCUCCAUUAAAAAAUUCAUCAACAAUUGUUUCAUAUUUUAUGGAUCUUUUAAAACCAAGUGAUAAUAAAUUAGCUUUAAAAUUAUUUGGAAGUCGAAAAGGUCUUCUUAAAGAACGUUUAAGACAACAAAGAGCUGGACAUUGUAUUAUUCAUCCUUGUUCAAAUUUUCGUUUUUAUUGGGAUUUAAUAAUGUUAAUAUUAUUAAUAACUAAUGUUAUUGUUCUUCCUGUUGCUAUUGCAUUUUUUAGUGAUGAAAUUAAUUCAGCACGAUGGAUUAUUUUUAAUGUUAUUUCUGAUGCUUUUUUUCUUUUUGAUAUUAUUGUGAAUUUUCGAACAGGUGUAUUAAGAAAUGAUUAUAUUGAUGAAAUAAUUCUUGAACCACGUUUAAUAGCAAUUAAUUAUAUAAAAACUUGGUUUAUUCUUGAUUUACUUAGUUCACUUCCAGUUGAUUAUUUUUUUUUAUUAUUUGAUACUGGUGAUCAUUCAGGUGGUUAUACAAUAGCACGUACAGGUCGUGCUAUUAAAGUUCUUCGACUUGUUAAAUUACUUUCAUUACUUCGAUUACUUCGAUUAUCACGUCUUGUCAGAUAUAUUCAUCAAUGGGAAGAGCGACAUCGAGUCAGAUAUCGAUCGAUAGAACUUCGUGCUGCCAAUUUCCUUCGAGUUCAUCUUCCCUUUUUAUCAAUAGCAAGUAUGGUUAUGCGUAUUCUUAAUUUAAUAGCAUUAAUUAUAUUAUUGGCACAUUGGAAUGGAUGUUUACAAUUUAUGAUUCCAAUGUUUCAAAAUUUUCCAUCUGAUUGUUGGGUUGCAUUAAAUGCUCUUCAAAAUGCUCCAUGGACAGAACAAUAUACAGUUGCACUAUUUAAAGCACUUUCACAUAUGCUUUGUAUUGGUUAUGGUCGUUAUCCUCCUCAAUCUUAUGUUGAUAUGUGGUUAACAAUGCUUUCAAUGGUUAUUGGAGCAAUGUGUUAUGCUGUUACAAUAGGACAUGUAUCAGCAUUAGUUCAAAGUUUUGAUACAUCAAGACGUUUAUAUAAUGAAAAAUUUAAACAAGUUGAAGAAUAUAUGGCAUGGAGAAAAUUACCUCGAGAAAUGCGUAAUAGAAUAUCUGAUUAUUAUGAACAUCGUUAUCAAGGAAAAAUCUUUCAUGAAGAUACAAUUUUAAAUGAACUUUCAGAAAAUUUAAGAUUGGAUGUUAUUAAUUAUAAUUGUCGAUCUCUUGUAUCAUCAGUUCCAUUUUUUUCAAAUGCUGAUCCAAAUUUUGUUUCUGAUGUUGUUACAAAAUUACGUUUUGAAGUAUUUCAACCGGGUGAUCAAAUAAUUUAUGAAGGAACAAUUGGAGAUAAAAUGUAUUUUAUUCAAGAAGGUGUUGUAGAUAUAAUUAAAUCUGAUGGACAAGUUUUAACAACAUUAUCUGAUGGAUCUUAUUUUGGAGAAAUAUGUUUAUUAACACGAGCUAAACGUGUAGCAAGUGUUCGUUGUGUAACAUAUUGUAAUUUAUAUUCAUUAGAUUCAAGUCAAUUUGAAACAGUUCUUGAUUCAUAUCCAUUAAUGAGAAGAACAAUGGAAUCAGUUGCAGCUGAAAGACUUAAUAAAUUAGGAAAAAAUCCGUCAAUAAUAUCAACACGAUAUGAUUUAAAACGUGAUGCAGCUGCAUUAAAAGAUAUGAUUGAUCGUGUAACACCUCAACCAUCAAGUGAUGAAUCUUCUCAAUCAGAUUCAUCAUCAAUAUUAUCAAAUCAAAAUAAAAAAAAUGAUUUUAAAUCUUCAUUAUCACAUUUACAUGAAGAAUUUAAAAAAUCUUUUAUUAAAAAACGUUCAAGUAGAAAUAGAAGAAAAUCUUCUGUUGAACAUAAAAAAUUAAAAAAUCUUUCACGAAAUUAUUUAUCUGCACCGAAGUCAAAUUCAAUUGAAAAUCAAAUUAAAAAAUCUCCGUCCACACCUUUUUCGAUUUUACAUUAA